AUGGGUUGUGUACAGUCUACUGGCGUUGAUGAGGAGGCCAAGGCCCGCAACGAUGAAAUCGAAAACCAGCUCAAGCGGGACAGGAUGAUGGCGAAGAAUGAGAUUAAAAUGCUAUUGCUGGGUGCUGGAGAGUCUGGCAAGUCGACGGUGUUGAAGCAGAUGAAGCUUAUCCACCAUGGCGGUUACAACGAUCAAGAACGGGAUUCUUACAAGGAAAUCAUCUUCUCCAACACUAUCCAGUCCAUGCGUGCUAUUCUCGAUGCCAUGCCCCAGCUAGACCUCUCUCUAUCGCCUCAAAACGAUGCUCGUCGUGCUACUAUCGUUGCGCUGCCCGGUCAGCUUGAGACUGACGUGCUUCCCCGAGACGUCGCUGAUGCUAUUCGCUCUUUGUGGAGGGACCCUGGUGUCCGGGAAGCCGUUCGUCGCUCACGGGAAUUUCAAUUGAACGACUCGGCUGUCUAUUACUUCAACUCACUCGACCGCAUGGCCGGUCCUGGCUACAUGCCUACAGACCAAGACAUCCUCCGAUCGCGAGUGAAGACGACUGGUAUUACGGAGACAACAUUCAAGGUUGGAGAGUUGACGUACAAGCUGUUUGAUGUCGGUGGUCAGCGUAGUGAGCGGAAGAAGUGGAUUCAUUGCUUCGAGAACGUCACGGCAUUGGUCUUCUUGGUCAGUUUGAGCGAAUACGAUCAGAUGCUGUAUGAAGACGAGAGCGUGAACCGUAUGCAAGAGGCUCUCACGCUGUUUGACUCGAUAUGCAACUCACGAUGGUUCGUCAAGACGUCUAUUAUCCUAUUCCUCAACAAAAUUGAUCUGUUUGCCGACAAACUGCCACGGUCACCGCUGAGCGAUUACUUCCCUGACUACACAGGUGGCGAUAACUAUGAUGCGGCUUGUGAUUACCUAUUGCAUCGGUUUGUUAGCCUCAAUCAGAGUGCUGCAACCAAGCAGAUAUAUGCGCACUAUACUUGUGCUACAGAUACACAACAAAUCAAAUUCGUCCUAAGUGCAAUUCAGGAUAUCCUUCUGCAACUGCAUCUUCGGGAAUGUGGCCUGCUAUAG